CGAUCCCCUCAAGUCCCGCCAAUUGCACGCACGCUGCGUCCCCACGUCGUCGAGAUGAUUACCAAAUUCAUGACCGAGGUCACGGCCAAGUUCAACCCGUUCUCGGCUUGCGCAAAGCCCGCUCGCCUAUUCCUGACGUUUAUGCCUCCGACUGCCCGAGCGAACGGCACAACCAUCACCACGACUAUCCUGCCCCGAGACUCGAAAGAGCCCAGUUCUCUGCGUGUCAAGUUCAAGGAUGGCAAGGAGCUCGACUUCAACUGUCAAAAGAUCAACAUCAAGGGAUUGGUCGAGGAGGUAGACCGUCACUCUCGUCAGCUGCAGAAGACGGCCGAUUUGACCGAUUAA